GCGCGUCGAUGCUUUACGGGUGCAGGGGGGAGCUCUUCAACGCAAAGAAGAGCCGCCUGUUUGACUGGUCCUAUGCGGGGUACAUGUACGGCGAUUACGAUCCCCCCAAGCCGACACCGCUGGCCAGCGUCAAGUUUUUCGGGGCGGUGGGCGACGGCGUGGCGGACGACACCGCGGCCUUCGAGGUCGCGCUCAAGACGAUAGAGUCCCGGGGCACCCUGCUGGUGCCAGCAGGCACCUAUGUCAUCACGCGGAGGCUGGACAUCACCAAGUUGGUGUUCCUGCAAGGGGAGGGCGCAGGCCGCACUGUGCUGUCCUUCCCAAAAGCCCUGUCAGAGGUGUACGGGUUUGCCAAAGGCAAGGAGGCAUCAACCAGCAAAUCCCAGUAUGCUUUUGGACCUGGCUGGCUCAGCUGGAGUGGCGGGGACUUCCCGGAGAGGCGCACCCACGUGGCCGACGUCACCGCGCCAGCUCAGCGGGGUGACACCGUGCUGCAUGUCAGCACGCUGCAAGGGCUGCACGUCGGCAAGGUGGUGCGUCUUGUGGCGGACAAUGUGAAGGGCGACGCCCUUCGAGAGCUCAACGCGCGGCUGGAGGCCCCGAGCGGCGCAUACAGUGACAAGGAAGCCUUCCUGAGGUUCACGGCGCGCGUGGCGGAGGUCAUGACGCAUCCAAAGAGGAUCCGGCUGGAACGCGCUCUGCCCUACGACGUCUCGCUGCUGUGGCGCCCUACCAUCCAUGAGUGGGCCAACGGCUGCUGCGGAGUGAGGCGCAACCACACAGGGCUGUCAGACCUGACGAUCAGGUUCCCCGGCGACAAGCCCUAUGGCGGAGAAAAUCGCGAGGUUGGAUACAAUGCGAUCUACAUGUGGCACGUGGCGCACAGCUGGAUCAGCAACGUCGUGUUUGAGAACGCAGAGAUCGGGGUCAUCCUUGACACCACCAGCUUUGUCACUGUCAGCAACGUCACCUUCACCAGCUCUCGCCCGCGCAGCAGCGGGGCGCACCCCUACACGGGCGCCAAAGGCAUCUGGCUGAAGGGCGCGUUUGACUGCCUGGUGGAGGGAUUCAGGUUUGAAACAGACCUUGCGCAGGAGCUGGCGGUGUCAAGCAUGUCGGCCGGAAACGUCUUUGCCGGCGGCACCGGUGUCGACGUCUCCAUCGAUCUCAUGUUUGCUGCGCCUUACGGCAACCUCUUCACCGACAUACACCUGGGCGCCGCCAGCGCCCCCUGGGGAUGGGUCGAGCGCGGCCAGGAUGCCGCGGCGUACAACACCUUCUGGGGCAUCUCCUCGUCUGCGGGGCAGCUGCAGGGAGGCGGCCUCCCCCCAAAUGGAUGGGCGCCAAAGGCCACCUGGGUCGGCUGCGAGGGCGCCAACAUGGCGCCGAGCGCUGCUGGCAACCGCAACGACUGGUGGAUCGAGACCAGCGGCCCCGUCUGGCCACCAAACCUCUGGCAGGCGCAGCGCAGGGCUCGUGGUAGGCCUCUAGCGCCGAUACAACCAAAGCGCCACUCCGGCCCAGGCUACGGCUGCGAUCCUGACGAUCUCAAGUGCUGCUUCGGCGCUGACGUCAGCGCUGCCUGCCCGGCCUGCGUGACUGGAGAGUACAAAACACCAUCUGACCUGUUUGGCUGCCAGGGCGAGCUGUGGCGCGCCGACGGCCGCAUCGGGUACGAGUGGAGCCAUGCAGGCUACCAGGGCUACGAGGACGGCGGCGCGGCGCCCAUCCCCAACCUGCCCGUCACGGUUGACCUCCGGAGGGACUUCGGGGCCAAAGGGGAUGGCGUGACCGACGACACGGGCGCGCUGAGUCGUGCGAUCAAGGCGACCCCUGCAGGCGUCAUAUACCUACCAGAGGGCACGUAUGUGAUCACGGCAGUCCUGGCCUGGCGCAAGCCCAUCGUGCUGCGCGGGGCCGGGGCCGGCAGGACGGUCCUCCGGUUCCCCAAGAGCCUUACAGAUCUGUACGGCAACACGUGGCAGGAGGGCAGCUGGCCCGGCACCAGCCAGUACAGCCACGGCACUGGCUUCAUCAACAUCAACGGCUGGGACCCCACCGGCCGCAGCUUCACGCGCAUCACAAGGGUUACGGAGGCCGCACCCCAGGGGGCGCGCGUGGUGUACGUCGAGUCGACAAAGGGCAUCAGCGUCGGGCAGCUGGUGCGCCUGUGGAUGAGCGACCCGGGAGACAGCAGCCUACUGGCUGAGCUCCAUGGCGGCGGGCGCGCGCCGACGUCGCCCGUGUUCGCAGGCACCAAGGACGCGGUGCGCUUUGUGGCGCGCGUGGAGGACAUGGGAGAGACCUGGCUGCGGCUGGAGCGGCCCCUGCCCGUCAAGAUCACGCUGGCCUGGAAGCCCGAGGUACACAUGUUCAUGCCGAUGCUGAACGGAAGCACUGGGGUGCAGGACCUCACCGUGUCAUUCAACUGGACGCAGUUCCCUGGCCACUUCAAGGAACAAGGCUGGAACGGGAUCCACCUGAACCAAGUGGCCAACGGCUGGGUCAAGGACGUCUCCAUCGAAAACAGCGACAUGGGGGUCUACUUUUGGGGCUGCGUCUUCUGCUCGAUCGAGGGGCUGGUGCUAGCGUCGGUGCCGGCGGAGAGGGGGCCGGAGAGCGGCCACCGCGGCAUUUGGCUGGACCACGGGAGCGACAGCCUGAUCCGCAACUUCACCAUCUCAACGCGCUUCUUCCACGACAUCACCGUGGCCGGCUUUGAGCACGGCAGCGUGUUCUCAAACGGCAGGGCGGUUGACCUCGACAUCGACCACCACAGGUGA